UCAGCUAGAGAGAAACAAUACUCUCUUUUUAGUUGUUGCAUUAUUUUUCCUCUCUGAUUAGGUGAGAGAUAAGAGAGUAUUGAGCUUAGAACCAGUUGAGGAGGAGCUUGUGACAAUGGCAAGUAGCAGUAAAGUGGCGACGGUUAGGGCAGAAGGGCUUGCAUGUGAGAAGGGAUAUCUCAAAGGAGUCAAGUAUCUCUGCGACAAUGGGAUUACAGGCAUUCCCCAAAAAUAUGUACUCCCUGUUGCAGAGAGGCCUGCUUAUAAUAGUAGUAGUAGUAAUAAUAGUAAUGACGAGGUUAGAGACAUGGUUAGAGCUCCAAUCCUGAAACUGCCUACAGUCGACGCUGCCAAAUUACAAGGACCUAAUCGCAAUGAAGUCCUCAAGUCAUUGGCAAAAGCAUGUGGAGAGCAUGGUUUCUUCCAGGUCAUAAAUCAUGGAAUCCCUUCGAAGGUGUUGGAGGGGAUGAUGAAGGCGGCUAAGGGUUUCUUUGAACUCCCUUACGAGGAGAGAUCAAGGUUCAUGGGGGAAGAUAUGACGGCCCCGGUGCGAUACGGGACCAGCUACAACCAAAACAAUGAUGGGGUCUUUUGUUGGAGAGAUUUCUUGAAGCUUUAUUGCACCCCUCUUUCUCAAACCCUUCCCCUCUGGCCAUCCGACUUGAGGGUUGUAGGGGAGGAGUAUGCGAGAGAAACAAAGGCACUUUUCUUCAUGUUGAUGGAGGCAGUGAUGGAGAGCCUAGGAAUCAUCCCUUUGCAAGAUGAGGGGUUGUUGAAGGAGAUGAAGGAAGGGAGCCAGAUGCUUGUCCUCAACUGCUUCCCAACUUGUCCUGAGCCUGAGCUCACCCUUGGAAUGCUCCCCCACUCCGACUACGGCUUCCUCACUCUCCUCCUUCAGGAUGAAGUCGAGGGGUUGCAAGUGCAACUGAAAACCGGCGACUGGUUCACCCUUCCAACCCUCUCCGACUCCUUCGUUAUCAAUGUUGGGGAUCAUCUCGAGAUAUUCAGUAAUGGCAAAUACAAGAGUGUGUUGCACCGAGUACUGGCAAACCGCUCCAAGACUCGGAUAUCUGUGGCAUCCCUCCAUAGCCUGCCCUUCGAAACUGUGAUUGGACCGGCACCACAGCUCAUCGACCAAUGCCACCCACCACUAUAUGCCAACACCGAUUUUGCUUCCUUUCUCCACUACAUCUCUUCUACUCGCCACCACCCCAAGAGCUUCCUAGAGUCCAGGAAGUUGAAAUUGGAUACAUAACAUGAAGAUGGAUAUCCGUCUUAUUUUCUCCAUAUCUUUCUCUGCCUUUCUUUUGUUUUUUGGGUAGUUUAUUGGGAAAGACUCCCCCUACGGUUUUUUCAAGUAGAUUAGUUGUUAGCUUUUUGAAGUUAUUAAUGUGGGACGGUAUUAGUGGUGGAAAUGAAAACCACAACGUGGUGCCUAGAG